AUGGCUUUCGAUCGGCCGUUACCCAUCUCCAGGGUGUGGCAGCACCCUGAUGCCUACAUCGAGGCCCUUCUCGGCUUCACUACGACGUCGGUGCUUUUCAUGAAUUUGUGCGGUGGCGUGCACAUGGUCGACUUUCUGACUCGGGAGCCCGAUCUUUAUACAACAAUCCUGCCAAAUGAUUGGAUAUCUUUCUUUGAACAGCAUGAUACGCAAGAUGUCAUCCGUCUACUCCUACGAGAGGACAUUGAGCACUUACGAGGCACCGGCGAGUCCUCUAUAGAUCAAAGCAGUCGUACUUGGAAUGGAGGAGCAUUCCCUCCCCAGAGUCUCUUGGAAUACAUUUUCCAAAUUCGUCAACUGACACUGCAACGAGAAAUAUGCUCCUCAACUUCAGAAAGGAUUGAGUUACCAAAACAAGUCGCGAUGCAUAUGAAUCGAAAAAAGGUCCAUGAGGUUCAGUGCCUCUCUCAACAUGUCGCAUCUCUGGCAGACACUGUAAAUCAGCGCCGAGGUGAACCAGUGACUCAUAUUGUGGAUUUCGGGUCUGGCCAGAAUUACCUUGGACGGACACUGGCCAGUUCACCUUACCACAAGCAUAUCAUCGCGAUUGAACGCAGGCAUCAGUACAUCAGUGGUGCCAAGAGCAUGGAUGUUCGAGCCAAGUUGGCAAAGAACCCGAAAGCUCAAAAUUUCAACAACGAAAAGGUUUCAUGUGACGAUUGCAUCACAACUCUAGAAGUGACUGCCUCUGAAACGGCAGAUGCCCCCCAACCAGCGACAGAAGGCUCACAGGUCCCGGAGGCUCCUUUCGUAGAGAUACUGGGCGAUAUGAGUCUUCAAGCACAAGAGCUACUUGGAUCUCCUACAAAGAGCCCAUUAAGAAAAAGGCUGCCGGAGCCAGAGAUCCGUACACGCGGUACUCUCAGCUAUAUUGAGCACGAAAUCCAAGAUGGCUACUUAGAGCCGAUUAUCGACCACGUCAUUCAUCCAUCUACCGAUGGAGCUUCUGAUAGGAAAAGCAAGGAUGAGCCUGAUUCUAGGUUGAUGGUCGUUUCCCUUCACUCUUGCGGAAACCUUGUUCAUCACGGUCUACGAUCUCUCAUUCUUAAUCCUUCAAUUGUGGCCGUCGCUAUGAUCGGUUGUUGCUACAAUCUGUUGACAGAACGUCUGGGUCCAAGUACACAUGAUCUUCCUAUUAUUCGAUCUCUCCACCCUCGACUUCAAGAAACUGGAGCAUCCUACGAUCCGCAUGGCUUCCCAAUGUCUGAAUACUACGAGAAUUACCGAAGUCCCGGAGCAACAACCGGCAUGAAGCUUAACAUCACAGCUCGUGCACUGGCAGUGCAAGCUCCUUACAAUUGGGGUGUUGAAGAUAGCGAAUCUUCCUUCUCCCGUCACUUCUUCCGUGCUCUCCUUCAGCGUAUUCUCGUUGAUCGAAGUAUUCUUCCUAAGCCCUCUGUGCUGGAAGAUGGCAUCUCUGACGGAAAUUGCUCGGAAAAUAAUGCCAAAUCCAUCGUCAUGGGAAAAUUGCCCAAGGCUGCCUUUAAGUCUUUUACUGCAUAUGUUCGUGCUGCGACUAUCCGGAUGGGCCGAGACCCGGUAUAUGGUUCCCAGGUGCAGGAGAAUAUUGGUACCAUGACGGACGAGGAGAUUUACUGCUACGAGACGAAAUACCUCCACGCGAGAAAACAAAUGAGUGUUGUGUGGAGUCUAAUGGCAUUCAGUGCUCAGCUCGUCGAGGCUAUCAUUGUGGUAGAUCGGUGGCAAUUCCUUCGUGAGCAGGAAUCUAUCAAAGAUUGUUGGGUUGAGCCGGUGUUUGAUUACAGUGAGAGUCCGCGUAACUUGGCCGUAAUUGGCCUAAGAAAGUGA